AUGUCGGUGCAGCAAGACUCGCCGCCGCAGUCGGUCUUCGUACCGAGCGACUUUCGGCGGGAGCGGCGUUCGCCCGAGGGCAUGGUGCGCAGCACCUCGAGCAACCAGAGUCUGUCCAGCAUGCGGCGCGCCUCGCAGCCGUCCGUCGACCGCGCCAUCGCCGGCAGCUCAGGCAAUCCGGCCACGCCCAAGUCGCGCAGCACACCGCCGGCGGAGAAGGGCGCCGUCCACAAUGCGGCGCGCAGGGCGUCGCACUCGCCCGUCUUGGAAAGCCCGCAGCGCCCAGACGUCUCGCGCAUGUCGCACGACGUGACACGACGUAGUGCGCUGCAGGAGGAGGCGGCGCGGUCAUGGGACUCGUACCAGCCGCGGCCAGUGUCUUCGAGCACGGGGAUCAGCUCUGGCAGCUCGCUGACUAAGGCUGCGCUCGCCAAGAUGCCCGCCGCAAGCUCGUCACAGUCCGCCUCGGCGCCGCCGUCGCCGACGUUUCGCGCGCAGUACGAGCCCUCUCUGCCUUCUCUCUCGCUCGGCGACGAUGGCGUGCUGAAGCACAUUGCGCCGUCUCGCAGCUCCGUCGUGCGCUACUCGAUGUCGACGCUCUCGACAGCGAGCCCCAUCUCAGUGCAGGGCGUCACGGACGACGACGCGACUCAGCGGCUGCUGGCAGCUGCCGAGGCGGCAGACAGCCGCAGUCGCUCGCCCGUGACGCGCAUUCCUCAACCGCCGCCAUCGGCGCCUCUGCCGAGCACGAGCAACGAGAAGAGCGCCAAGGAGCGGCGCGAGCAGCUGAAGCGCGCUCAGAAGCUCGUCAGCCUGCUCGGCGGCGAAAUUCUGAGCGAGGGCGAGGGACACGAGAUUGUGCGUCUGCGCGAGCGCGACAGCAACCGCCCGCCGCUGCUCGUGCGUCGCUCGAGCGAUCCGUUCGAAACCCUCGCACAAGCCAAGCUGGCACUCGAGGAACAAAUCGCGCGCGAGGGCAGUCCGAGCGCAUCGCGCCAGUCGAAGCUGGCGCUGCGGCGCCGCAGUCGUGGCAAGACGAUCAUCGCGGCGCCGGCUCUUGACCUGCCGCGAAACGUCGGGCCCAAGGCCGCGGCUGUGCUCGGCCUCGAGGCGCCUCUGCCCUGGCAGGUCAACUCGGCGCCUGCUACGCCGGCUGGACCGGUCGGCGCCAAGGCAGCUGCGCUGCUCGGCAUGGACCGCGUCGACCUCGCGAAUGCACAUGACAAGAGCAACACUGAGCCGCGCCGCUCCGCCUCCGUCGCAUUCAAGACCAGUGGCACGCGUGCGGCCAGCCUAGGCAAGGGCAAGGCAGACCAGGUGCAUGUCAUUGGAUUCGAGGCAAAGUCGGCCCUCGAGCAGACGCCCGACUCUGAGCCCGAGUCGCCCUCUGUGCUCGGCGACGACGAGGAGCGCACGGCGGCGGUGCAGCGCGAGGAGCGCCGGCGCCGCGUGGCCAAGAUCAGCCGCUGGCUCGGCGCCGUCGUGCCGCCGCAUCUGAUUUCGUCGGGCGAGGGCUCUGCGGCGCCGGCGUAUGGAGCCGGCCAGGCGCCGCACCUCGAGGGCUCGGACUACUACAGCGGCCAGCCGGCGUCGUCUGAGCGCGGGUCGAGUGGGCUAGGCCGGGCCAAGGCCGCGACACUGGCGAAGCUGCGCCGCCCCUCGGUCGAUCAGGACGCGACCAUCGACGCCAACUACUCGCGGCCGCUGCAGUCUCCUCCCGACGCCCUCUCGCCGCGCGAGAGGAUCGCCAAUGUGCGCCGCGCCAAUACCCUCACGAAGCGCUUCGGCGAGGCGCCGCCUCAGCAGCUCUUUGCUGCCUCGGCCGGCAGCGGCAGCGACACGAGCACGGGGCCGUUGCGCCGACACCGCCACACGCAGUCGGCUGCGCUGCCGCUGGCCUCGACACAGCCCGAAGAGGCGGAGGACGCGCCGACACAACAGGUGCCGCAGGGAGCACGGCACAGCGAUGACUCGCAGCAGUACCGCCAGUCCAUCGGCAGCCUCGAAUACCUGCUCGACAACGACUUGUCUCUCCUCAGCGAGCUCGUACAGGCACUCGACGAGGGCUCCGAGGCGUCGGACGACGUGCACGCAACGCCCAAGGCGCGCAACCCCUUCGAGGCAGGCUGGCGCCGCCCGUCGGCCGACGACGACGCAGGCACGUCGCAGGCGGCCGACUCUUCGUCGCUCACGUACAAGACGGCCAGCUCGCACGCCAGCGUCGCGGACGGCAGCAGCAGUCCGCUGCCCGUCAGCACGCCGAGCGGCUCGGACGAUGACUACAGCGAGGCGCCGGCGCUCGAGCUGCCGUCCGUCAGCGCCUUGCUCCCCGACGCCAGUCCGCGGCGCGCCUCACUCGGCUCGCUCGUGACGCUCGCCUCGACCACCGACUCGCUCAGCUCCGAGUCGUCGGCGCACGCCGGCACGGACCCCGAGUCGGCGCUGCACAGCGCGCACCGGCAGCAGGCUGCGCGUGCGCAGAAGCUGUCCAAGUUCUUCGGCGAGUCGGUGUCGCUCACGCCAACACGUGCGGGCACGUCGCAGGCGCCCGCCGCGCUCUCCUCGCCUCCCGCGCGCCCCGUGCAGCGCUUCUCUGGCUCGCUGGCGCCGCGCCUGGCGCCGCGCAGUGCCGGCUCGGCACGGCCCUCGGCGGCGUUCCAGCGGCUGCUGCGCAGCCUCGAGGACGAGCUGGAGGACGACGAGAGCCUGAGUGCCGCGGAGCGCCACGACCUUACGCUGCGCAUCGAGCAGCUGCGCCGGCGACAGGCCGACGUGGAUGCGUAG